AUGUCGAUGAAACCUGAACAGACUGUGUCCAACCUAUGGAGUUGUGAAACUUUGAAUGCCGGCAUUGAUCACGUCAUGACGGCUGCCAAAGCCGAACCCGUUUCCGAUGAUGAAGCAGAAAGAGAACUACUGAAACAGCUUCAGGAUCUCAAUCAAUUUCAUCAAAGUUUCCAAAAUUUGAUCCAGGUCGCGCUCCACCAGGACUACUUGGCGGACACGAUUCCAGCUUCUGAAGAAGAACUUCAACAGGCUGGUGUCAAAGAACGCGUGGUCAUUGAUUUGGAUGACGACGCACAGGCACCGGAAGAUGGCAAAGCUGUUGCCACGCCCAGUGCACGUGCAGUAGCCACACCAAUGCGUACUGAGCAAGCACCCCCAGUCAUAGAGCCAACGGAGGCAACACAACCGGCAACCAAAGAUGUGAAUGAAACACAGCCAGAACCAAAGUUGACACAGCAGGCAGGCACAGAACCGAAGCCAACAAGUGCUGAACAGCUAGCCACCAGCCCUGAGCCUAGCGGCUCACAACCUGAAACACAGAAAGUUGACAGCACACAGCCAGAUGAGCAAACUGGCGCGCCUGCAAAACCCAAGCCCGCAGGAAUCACUGAGCGACAGGCCAGACUUCGUGCAGCUGCGAAGAUGAGAAUCUCUCGCAUGGUGAAGCCCAAGUCCAAGAGAACAGACUUGAAUGUUGAUGACUGGGUCAAAAAAGAAUGGGAAACAGGAAACAAAAACAUGUUGGCGGACUUGCUUACCAAAGCGAACUUUGACAAGGAGGAAUGGCUGAACCAGUUGACCAUCAUAGUCAAGAAGAAACAGGAGAUCCAGCUGUUUGUGGACGAGGGUUGGUAUUCCGAAGAAGAUUUGGUCGAGCUUGGUUGGUCCAAGGGUCGGAUUGAUGGCGCAAAGAAACGGUGCACAGCUUUGGGUGAAGCUUACUGCCGGAACAACAUGUAUGAUGGCAUCCCCGAGUUUUGGGUCGUGGUCCGUGAAACGAGAAAACGAACCGAGACUCAGAGUUACGAGCGAUCCCACACCAAGCAAUCCAAGGCAGGUGGCGAGCCAGACUGGAAAUACGAUGGCCAGUUCAAAGGCAUGGAAGGGUUCGAGGAAAGGAGCCAGAGGGCUCUGUCGGUGAAACCAGAAGAGCUGGGCCAAGACAAGUUUGCACAGACCAAACUACCUUUCCAAAAGUUCCUGGAAUCCAUCAUGUCGAAGAGUGGUAAGCUGCGAAGCCUUGUGAAAGAUUUGCAGAAAAACUACAGUGCGGAUGAGGCAUCCAAGUCGUGCAUCAAGACUUUGCAGGACCAGAUUGGAUCGCUGGACAAGGAGUAUGACAAGUGCAAUCUUAUUUGGGCUCAGGGUGAAGUGGACAAGUUUGGGGAGACGUUCUACAAGUCUGCCGAGCAGGGAAUGCGAGACUCCACUCUUGUGUGCAGCAAAGCCGUGGCUGCCGAGAUGAAAGUCAGGAAUGCGAAGAAGUUCUUUGAGAAGGUCGACGCACCUGGCAAAACUCGGAGCGCAAAGCCGCCCAAGUCUGGAAGCGAUGCUGAUAAGCCCAAGGGUAAGAAACGUGAAUCUUCUCCAAAGGAUGAGGUUCCCGAAAUUAAGUCUAGGAUCUACCGAAAGUUUGGUGCACGUGUGAUCAUGUGCAGCUUGAGCGAUGAGCAUGAAAUAAAUGCUUGGCUGCUUCGUUUCCGGUACUUCAGCUGGCCGCAUAGCUCGCGGUCUCAAUGCAGACAUUGGCGCUGGAGCCAGAACCUGAGGGCUGGAUCUGCGACCCCGGGAUUCCUGAUUAGCCUCUUUCAACUUCCUAGACCUUUGGCCAAUGCUGGCGCAAUUCUGCAGCAUGCGGUUGGUGCAAUGGAUACUUUGAUUCGUUUGCAAUCACCACUUAUUUUCAAAGUUGGAUUCAGCACUGAUGUGGUGCGGCGUUGGACAAACUCGACCUAUGGUUAUGGCACAGAUCCUGCAAGGUGGACCGAUAUGAUCGUUUUAUUUGCGAGCAAGGAGCCCUUUACCCCCGCCAUGCUGGAAGCUGCGCUGGCCCCAUGUACUGGAGCAAUCCGCACUGCACAGAACAUUGUCAAAGACUUUGGGCGCGCUACUGCGUCACGCUCGGGGGGCUUAGUGGAUCUAGCGCGCUGCAGUGAGAAGAAUUCAGAGAGAGAUUCACAAAAGGUCUUAGUGAAGAAGUUGAAGCUCAGCUUGGAUAUCCCUAAGACAUACCUCAAGACCCAAGAUGAAUCUUUCAAGCUACCAGUACUCCGUAUGCGCAGCUGGAUGGAAUACAUCUUGCGCAACAAUUGUUGCCAUGUUUUGACAGGGCUUGUGCGGCCAGACCCACCACGGGAAAAAGCGAUUCUUAGAGAAUUUUGGUGGUUGUAUGAACAAAUGCACCCCAGCCAUCCAAUCUUCCAAAUGCAUAGAGAAGGAAAGUUGGUGUUGGAAAGAACUGCGCCGUGUGUGGUGCACGGCGACGAGGGUCGGUCGAGAAAGCGAUCAGCUUUCAUGUGCCUCAAUUUUCACAGUCUUUUGGGGAGAGGAUUGAAACCAGAAAAGGAGUUGGUGAAGAAGGCCCAGACCAAGGUGAAAAAACAAUACCUCAAGCAAAAACCGAACUUCAUUGGCCACACGUAUACUCAUCGGUUUCUUUUAGCUGCCUUGCCGAAGAAGUAUUACACUGGGGACAACGAGCACAUUUGGGAAACAUUGGUUGAGGAUGUAGCCUCUGAGAUUCAACACAUGUACACUUGUGGCGUUGCAAACUCCCAGGGGGUGAAGCACUGGAUCAUGACACUCCAUGUAGUUGGCGAUUGGCCAUUUCUGCAACGCUCUGGGUUGCUAACACGAACAUUCAACAAUGUGCAAAAGAGGGUGAACAAUCGCGCUGGCUAUGCUCCUCAGGGGGUGUGCCAUUUAUGUUGUGCUGGCAGGGCCAACGUUCCUUACGAGGAAAUUCACACCCGCAAUCCAAAGUGGCUAGCCACAAUGCACCAAGUGUCACCUUUCAGAUCACCACCAGCCCUCCUUUCCAUACCUCACUGUCCAGGCGAAGCUGCUGCCAUUUGGGCCUUUGAUAUAUUUCAUUCAUGGCAUCUCGGAGGUGGUCGGAACUUUUUAGGCAGUUGCUUAGCGCUUUUGUCAGAGCGUGAGCCUGCAGGUGCUAUCGACGAGAGAUUUGAACUUCUUACAAAGAGGUAUUUGAGUUUUUGCAAAUCCACUUCGACUGUGUCCCAGGUCUCCAAACUUACAAAGGAAUGUAUCCAGUGGUCCAAAACGACUCUUUACCCCUCCGGGGCAUGGCAUAAGGGAGCCUUGACCACCAAUUUGAUGCACUUUUUUGAAUUCCUAGUCGACACGGAGGAUUUUUCAGAUAUGCCGUUGUUGGUGAAAUGUGGGGAAGCUGCAAAAGCCAUCAACAGUUUCCUACGGGGCUUGUACACCAGCGACUUGUGGAUUCAGCCAAACGACGCAGUCAGGUUUGGACAGUUGGGAAUGCAAUUUCUCAGGAGGUAUUCAACUUUAGCUGCUGAGGCACAUCGAGACAACAGAGCGUUGUUUGUCUUGCAGCCAAAGCUGCAUGUACUUCAUCAUUGCUUCCUUUCAAUGAUCCAUUUUGGUCAGCAAAAUAUUGCUGUGCUGUCGCCACUGUGCUUUUCUGUACAGCCAGAUGAAGAUUUUAUUGGCAGACCCUCAAGACUUAGUAGACGAGUAACUGCCCGUAGCAUUGUCAUAGAUAGGGUUCUGUCUAGGUACAUGCAAGCUUGCUUCGAGCACUGGGUAUCAGCAGGAUGGCUGAUACGGCCUGAGCCUGAUUAG